AUGACCCAGGCAGGUCGCCUGAAGCUGUGUGGAUCACAGUAUCAAGGCCCUGUUUGGGUGGCAGCGCGGGUGGCGGCGCAGGCGCCAGCGGGAGGGCCCGCAGCCAAGCUGAGGCAGAGUCAGCGCCGAGAUCAGGCUGGAGGAAAAGCAGGAAAGGACAGUGGGAAGGCCAAGGCUAAAGCAGUGUCUCACUCACAGAGAGCUGGGUUGCAGUUUCCUGUGGGCCGCAUCCACAGACGCUUGAAGACUCGCACCACAAGCCAUGGAAGGGUGGGUGCCACUGCUGCCGUGUACAGUGCUGCAAUUCGGGAGUACCUCACUGCUGAAGUGUGAUCCCUCACAUCCACAAAUCUCUGAUUGGAAAAAAGGGACAGCAGAAAACGGCUUAGAGGACUGUUGUAACCAACUCUCUUCCUCCCCAACAUUGUACUGUAACAGAAGAAAUAAUGGGGAUAUGUGGAAUUUUAAAAACCAGUUAAAUGGAAAAGCAUAGACAAUUA